AUGAGCGGCGGGGGUCCCGGACCGACGGGACCGUCGCCCCCGGACGAAUCUCAUUCCGUAGGAGGUUUCACACAUUUCGACCAAGAAUCCGAAUAUCACGGACUCGAAGGGGGCCAUCACGCGGGUCAUUACGUAGAAAAUUCUCCAGAAUUUUAUUCACAGCAAACUCUUAUGGAAAAUAAAUAUUCUCCGGCGCAUUAUUCGAAAAACGGUUCGAGAGGCCGUUAUCCUCAUCACGAUCCUUAUAGCGAAACAUAUAGUUCUCCAUUUGACGGUGGACCCUUUCAAACCGUUCCUAGCAGUGUAAACGGUGAACAUUGGAGCGGUCAGGAUUCUCAUCCUGCAUUUCUAAUGGGAUACCAGAGAGAUUUUCAAAACGGUGAGGCGAAGCCAUUCCUACAGUCGGCCAUGAUUGCGGGUUAUUCAGGCGGGGGACCUUGUUUCACGGGUUCGGGACCCAUACAACUUUGGCAGUUCUUAUUGGAACUAUUAACGGAUAAAACGUGUCAGGGAUUCAUAUCGUGGACGGGAGACGGUUGGGAAUUCAAAUUAACGGAUCCGGACGAAGUAGCGAGGAGAUGGGGGAUAAGAAAGAACAAACCGAAAAUGAACUAUGAAAAAUUGAGCCGGGGGCUCAGGUAUUAUUAUGAUAAAAACAUAAUUCAUAAGACUGCUGGAAAAAGAUACGUCUACCGUUACGUCUGUGAUCUUCAAAGUCUUUUAGGGUUCAGUCCGGAAGAACUUCACGCAAUGGUCGAUUUAAAACCGGAAAAAAAAGAAGACGAUUAA